UUCCUCGCGACCCGUACUCCGAAAUUCGGAAGUGUGAUUGUUUACGGAAUUGAGGAAAUGCUUUUGCUUAACAGGAUAUUUGCAACGUUUGGUCACAGCUAAGCUUCGUUUGAAUUAUUUGAACCAUUAAAAUAUCUUUUAUUUUAGAAUAGACUGUAUACUUACCUAAUGUUGUAAUAUCUACCUGUAGCUUAUCACGGAGUGGACGGCAUUUGUUGUAAUAGCGAGCUAGUUUACUGCAGCUAACGUUGACAUCAACAUGCAACUCUGCAGUUUAUUGUAGUGUUUGCAAUAAUAAGCUAUAUCUAACUCAAACGAUACAUCACUAUAGCUUUGUCUAUAACAGACUUAAAUAAGAGGUUCAGUGCAAAUAGACGGACAUUUAGUGAACCUGUCUAAUGUUUCAGGCUCUUUGCCAUCAGUCGGUUUACUGAAAAACAUUGCUGUCCAGAUUUGAACGCAUCACAGGCGGGAUGGCUGAGGCUAUCGUAACAUUUCAGUCCCAGCUCUCUGGUGUUAUGGAGACUGUCUUCAAGGCUGCUAUGUAUGAAAUCACGCGACUGGUGGAGGACAGUUUUUUAGAGGAAGUAACUCGAUGCAGGGAGCAAGUGGACUCCCUGAAGAGGAGACUGAAGUGGUCUGAGAGCAGACGGAAAGAAAGAGAGACAGACCGCAGGGGCAGAUGUGCAGACUGCGGCAGAGUCGGGCUGUCGACUGAGGAGACCGAGACUUUCACACAGACAGAGAAACAUCUGAAGCAUGAAAAUGAGAUGCAAGAGGAAGUAAAUGAUAUCCAGGACACUGAUGGAGAAACACCAGGUCAUAAAGUGGAAGAUGUAUCAUCAAAGGAGCCCCAGUCUCCAGGUAUACAUGGUGAAAAGCUGGAUAGACUUCUCAAGGAAGAGGCCCUUCAGAUUUCGGCUGAAACCAGUGAGACAUGGGAAGUCAGUUUGGAUGACUCAUCAGGUGUUCCAGGGUCCAGCAAACGGUUGAGUGACCAGAAGAUCCCCAAGUGCCAGAUAAACUGGGAAACUGGCUUUGACCAGAGGCCACAGCCAGGCCAAGAUGGUAACACAGGUGAUGUAACUGAACCGCUCUUUCAGAACAGGUGUGGCAUGGAAGAGUUGGAUGAUUUUGACAAGACCAGCUAUGACGGUGCUGGCAUGAUAGACAUGGGUGACUUGGACGAGAUACAAGGGUCGCCACCCCAUCUGGGUGAAAAUCUGAUUUACAUGAGCCACUACAACGAGGAUGUAAAGGCACCUGAGGGAGCUGAGCACCAAGAUUACCAAACAGGCCCCCACCGGAAUAGGAGUGUGACAGAGUUAUCUGCAGGUUCACCCUCAAGGACUAACAUAGAUGUCAAUGGAGAGUUUGGCUGUUUAUUGAUCAAUGAGGAGGGGUAUCUACAGGAUUCAAGUGUCUUGUACCCUGAACAUGUUCCAGUUGAUUCAGGCAACAGAAUGAGCCUCCGGGGUCAGGGCAUUCGUACUGAAGGUCCGUCUUUAGUCGGAACAGAGAAUAUGUACGAACCCUCUAAUGCAAUCUCUGAUACUACACAUCUAGGGGACAGAUUGCAGCUUCAGUCCAUGGGGAAAGGAGGAAGGAGACACACCUGUAACCUCUGUUCUGCCUCCUUCCCUGAUUCCGCCUCCCUUAAGACACACAAACAAAUACACAAAAGCUCUGGACAAGGGCACCUGCAUUCUUGUAACCAGUGUGGAAAGACCUUCGCUCAAGCCUGUAGCCUUAAAGUCCAUCAGAGGAUCCACACUGGGCAGGGGCUCCAACUUUGCAGCCAGUGUGGUAAAGGUUUCCCUUCCUUUUCUGAGCUCAAGACACAUAAAUGUGGCCAAACAGGUGACAAACCUUACAGUUGCACCGUAUGUGGGAACAAGUUCAGUCGACUGUGGAAUCUGAAGCUGCACCGGAGAAUUCACACACAAGAAAAACCCCACCAGUGCAGCAUGUGCGACAAGAGCUUUACACGUGCUGACAUAUUGAAAGUCCACCAGCGUACACACACAGGAGAAAGACCAUAUUGUUGUGCUGUCUGUGGCCUUAGAUUCAAACGCCUAGAUCAUCUGAAAUCACAUCAGCGCAAACAUAUGUCAGAUCUAGAGCUGAAGAGGAAACUGCAGGAGGCCAAAAACAGCUACAACGGGAAGUUCGAGUCCAAGAUAGGUCAGAACAACACAAGAGAGGUGUGGAAUGAGAUGAAGAUAUCAAGCUGUGGGAAAGCCACACCUGGAAUCAAAAGCUACAGAGCUAAACCUGGUGUGAGCUCCGUCUGUGAAUCUUUGUCUCCACCCACCAUCACUGCACCCAUUCACACCUCUGCUGUACGCUUUGAUCCCCUCAGCAGCAAUGAUCUAUCUCCCUCCUCCAGCUCACCGGCAUCUCCAGUACAGAGAGAGCUCUCCAGAUUGAGGAGGAACAAAGCCAGCGGGCCGGCCAACAUCAGCCCAAAGGUCCUCAGGGUGUGUGCUGGACCGCUUGUGGGAGUCUUUCAGCACCUCUUUAACCUCUCCUUGAGGUUGAGGAAGGUGCCUGAUCUAUGGAAGACCUCCUGCAUGUUCCCAGUACCAAAGAAAGGAUGUCCCAGCACUCUCAAUGACUACAGGCCAGUGGCACUCACGUCACAUGUCAUGAAGACAUUUAAAAGACUCUUCCUGCCACUGCUUUCUCCUUUCCUGGACCCCCUGCAGUUCACAUACUGGCUGCAAAUUGGAGUGGAAGACACCCUCAUCUUCCUCACUCACAAGGCUCUUGCUUUCAAUAGCAGCCAACCCAGCUUCCUGACAGACAAGCUGCUGGACAUCCACCUACACCCAGACAUUAUUGCUUGGAUUUCAGACUACCUCACAGACUGGCUGCAGUUUGUCAGGGUGGAUGGCUGCAUAUCUGAGGGGGUUUCAAGCAGCAUCGGGAUGCCCCAAGGAACUGUAUUGGCUCCAUUCUUCGUCACCCUCUAUACCUAUGAUUUCCAGUUCUACUUUGGAUCCUGUCACCUCCAAAAGCUUUCAGAUGACUCUUCAGUAGUCGGAUGCAUCAGCAACGAUGACAAGGAGGAGUACAGAAGAUUGCAGCCUGGAUACGACAUAUUUAGUCAGGGGAGAUUAUCAGAGUGGGUGUAUACCAUGUCGGACAUGGACACCCUCAUUGUGACCUUUCAGACCCAGCUUUCAGACGUGAUGGAGGCUGUGGUGAAGACAGCCAUGUACGAGGUCACCAGGCUGGUGGAGGACAGCUUCUUAGAGGAGCUGAAGAGUCGGAACCAGGAGGUGGAGGCGUUAAGGCUGCAGCUGCAGUGGGCUGAGAGGAAAUUAACUGAGCAAGGUGGGAAGGAAGGAGGAACGGCGGGCAAGUGUGCAGACCUCACCAAGGAUGAUGGAGAGAGCCCAGAAGAGCCUCAUGAUGACAUCGUAAGGGGAGCUGGUAUGAAGAAAGAGAAUGAGGCUGUGGAAAGCUGGACAAAAAGUUGCAGACGAGAGGUCAAAUCCGGUUUAAUACAAGAAGUGGACAUGCCUGCAGCCAAUUUCAGCCCUGAAACAGAACCACAGGGAAAGGAGGAUGAUAACUUGAUGCAGGUGGUGGAUGUGAAGGAAGAGGCAAUAAAUACGGCAUCUUGUUCCUCUGUAUGUUUAGAAGGAUGGAGUAUCACUCAGGAUGGUGAUGCCGGGUCUGAAUCCCAUAAUGCCAGCGAGGUGACUGAAGCAAAAGCAAACCACACUCAAGACACCACUGAGGAGUUACUGAGGAAUGUUAUUAAGCAAGACCUGCAAAAUUAUGUUUUCCCUGAAGACCAGCCAGACACAAACAUGUCCUCACAUUCAGCUCAUAUUUCAUCCGUGGAGAUGAACAACAGCUGGGCUGGCAUGAAUCGCACCUCAGCUGGACUGCAGCACAAUCACAGACCUGGAACAGAGAAGGACCAUGAAACAAUCCAAAGUCGAGGUCCUCUAAAUUGUAUUGAACAUGAGCUGUCCGACUCUGCCACCACAGAGGCUCAAACCCAGGUUUCCUCUGGUAGAGAUCAGAUUUCCUCCUCGGGAUCCCCCAAAGCAAAACUUGUUUCGAUCAAGCAGGAGGUUAUUGCUGAGUGUGAUGGAGUGGAGGAAGGGGAGCAAGUGGAAAAGAAAGAAAUGACAAAGUCAGGGUUGGCAGCUUUCUCGUGUUCAGUAAAGCAGCACAAAGUGAGAGCAGAUGCUCCAAAGCAGAACCGCAUUUCUCAUAAAACCACUGUGCAGGAAGUUGUGAAGUUGCAUUCCAAAGUAGGUACAGGUCUCCGAUUGCAAGCUGCCAUACAGCAUCUCCAUCGACCAGUUAAAAAGCCUCCUAACCCUCUCUCAAACAGCACAACGUCAGCACUGUCUGUUGCUCAGUCUCAGGCUGUGAACUUAAAUCCGCUCCACAGACUUCCAUCCACAUCUAAAUCUGCUCCUCUUCCUCCUCCGCUCUCUAUCCAGCGAAUUCAUCUAGGUGAUAAGCAAGCACUGAACCGUACCAGCGCCCCAUGGGUUAGCAUCAAAUCCCAACAUCAGUCUGCGAACUCUCACACAAACCCUGUGCCCCUUCCAGACUCUCACCCUCACCCUGGCCCCAGACAUGUCCUGCGCUGUGGUCAGUGUGGGAAAUGCUUCCCUCACCCCAGCAACCUAAAGGCCCACCUGCAGACACACACAGGAGAGCGGCCUUUUUGCUGUUCACUGUGUGGUCGCAGCUUCACUAAGUUGAGUAACCUGAAGGCUCACCGGCGGGUUCACACUGGAGAAAGACCAUACUGUUGUAUGGCCUGUGGUAAACGCUUCACCCAGAAAUGUAACCUGAAACGUCACCAGAGGAUCCAUGUAGAUGUAUGAUGAUACACCUAGUGCUGUGUGAGUGAGGGCUGGGACACAUUGCUUAUCUUACUGCUACAUGAAUUGUUAUGGAACCUAUUGAUUUUAAUUUUGGUGCCCAUGUUAAACAGGUUAAAGAUAAUCACAGGCUAAUUACAGAGUGUCACUGCAACAGGGUGUCGUUUGGACAUUCUGGGUCAAACCCUGUGAUGUAAGGGAUUCUCAGCACAAAGAGAGAAGGAUGUGCUGAUGGUUAUAUUGUCAUCGAUCUCAUUUUACAUAUUGACACAUUUCCCUGUAGUCCUUUCCAUUCUCUUGGUCCUAGGACAUCUAAUUGGUGAUACCAAACAAACUUUCAUUUCAAGCAUUUCAAAAACUUUCACAUGAUAUUUUAAAGUAUUUAACAUAUGAAUUAAAUAACACAUGCAUAAAAUAAAUAUGUAUUUUAGUUUAUGUGUGUGUUUGUGCAUAGAUUUACCACUGAAUAUAAUUAAAAAGUGAUGUGUAAGGGAUGGAUUUAUGCACAAAUCCAUUCUUCUAACAAUCUAUAGGUAAAGACCAUUAUGAACACAAGUCAACUCAGAGCUGGAGAUUACAUCUGAAUAUAUCACUGACAUAAAACAAAUUACAGGAAAAAGUGUUCAUAUAUUCUUUAGUCAGCUAAAUAUAAAUAAAGACAUAUCACUACAGUACAUUUAAGGUAAGCAGCGUGUCCCAGACUUGAGUGUCAAAUCUGAAUUAGGAUGUAACAGUGUUUUCUUUGCAAUAUAAUACAGUUGCUGUGAUGUAUUGCAAGACUGCUCUUUGUGUGUUUGUGUUUUGAUUGCCCUGAUAUCUUCUGUCCAUUCCAGGAAGGUCAGCAUGUCACGUUGUAACUCAUGAAGGGUUUUAGGCCUGAGACAGCCCGUUGUAAAAUGUAUCAUGCUCAUACAUAGGUUGGUUGUCAAUAAAAUACUAUUUAUUCUGUGAA